AUGCACACAUCAGCCCUGCUGCUCGCAGCACUGCCCUUAAUUCUAUGCCAAACAACCUCCCCGAAACGCGGCCUCGCAUUGGUAGAAUCUUCCGCGCGAAAUCAAGACGAUGAACACUACUGGACCUCCGGAGACCUGACAUGGUACUACAACUGGCACUCAACCCCAAGCCACGAAAUCGACCACAAAAAAUUACAAUAUGUCCCAAUGAUGUGGGGAGCAAAUAGCAGCGACACAAGCUUCCACACCGAAGUCCAAACCCUGAUAAAAAACGGCUACAACAUAACAUGGGUUCUCGGCUUCAACGAGCCAGAUGGCUGCGUGAAUGGAGGCUCUUGCAUCGAUGCGGAAACAGCAGCUGAAGUCUGGAUGCAGCAAAUCGAGCCCUUGAAGGAUCUUGGGAUACAACUUGGUGCGCCAGCGGUGACAGGUGCGCAAGAUGGGUUUGAUUGGCUUCAGAAUUUUUUUACAGCUUGUGCGGGCAAGUGCACGCCGGACUUCAUCCCCGUGCAUUGGUAUGGAGAUUUCGAAGGCUUAGCGAGUCAUGUUGGUCGGGCCAAUGCGACUUAUGAAAAUAUGACGAUGUGGAUCACCGAGUAUGCGUAUGCGAACGCGGAUUUGGAGCAGAGUCAGGAGUUUUAUAAUCUGUCUAGCGCAUUCUUUGACAGGAUAGAUUAUAUCACUCACUACUCCUACUUCGGCGCUUUCAGAUCUGAUGUAUCGAAUGUGGGCAAAAAUGCAGCAAUGCUUACCCAAAAAGGCGACCUCACAGACAUUGGUGCAUGGUACUUGGGUCAGGAAGCCACCGGGAACGUGCCGAAAGGCGAUUCCUCGCGUGCUGCAAGCUUUGCUGGUUCUGCAUUGCUGGUUCUUGUCGCGACUUUAUGGUGCCUGGGAUAG